GAUAUCAAGGAAGGCGGGUUGGGCCACCAGCGAGCAACGUCCAGCACAUCGAGGACAUGUCCCUCAUCCACCCAGCUGAAUUUCCCUCCGCAAGGCCAGGACCAUCGAGUAAUGUCCAACACAUCGAGGACAUUGGGAGGCCAUCUCCACCCACACAGCCACCGCCAUUUCGAGCGCCUACCUCCCCUGGACCCAGCGUCGAAUACAUCGAAGAUAUCGCCGCUGUUCCGGGCCCAUCAGCGCCUCCAUCCCUAUCUCCACCUGCAUCACACCCCUCAUUCUCCCGCGUCCAGCACAUUGAGGAUGUCGAUCAAGAAAACACUCACAGGCUCCUUGCUGCCCAUCCCGAAAGGCAAGCCUCCUUCCUGCAGCUUGCCGGGUCUUCAGAGCAGGGAAAUCAGAUCGAGGGCUCCGCUGAAAAUGCCGAUUCAGUUGCUGAGGCUAUUGCUGUAAUCGAGUAUUCCAGGGCAGUAGCAAGGGUGACGGAGGAGGCUAUGAUGAAAUUGCUGAGAGCGUAUGAGCAGGAAGGAGAGGAAGGAGGAGGAGAGGAAGAGGAAGAGGAAGAGGAAGAGGAAGAGGAAGAGAAGGAGGAGGAUGAUGAUGAUGAGGAGGGUGAUGAAGGUGAAGAAGGUGGAGGAGGAGGAGAAGAAGAAAAAGAAGAAGAAGAAGAAGAAAAAGAAGGAGGGGAAGAAGAAGGAGAAGGAGAAGGAGAAGGAGAAGGAGAAGGAGAAGGAGAAGAAAAAGAAGAAGGAGAAGAAGAAGGAGAAGGAGAAGAAGAAGAAGAAGGAGAAGAAGAAGACGAAGACGAAGAUUGGGAAGAUUGGGAUGAAGACCAAGAUGAAGACCCACACGCUAAUACACACCCUUCCUCACACCCCUCCCUAUCCUUAUCACCUCCACAGCCCUCAACUCCGUCCCUCACCACCCUCCAGCACCUCCUCCUUACCCGUGACACUGAGAUCGCACACCUUCAAGACCGAAUAACGCGCCAACAACUUCUCAACCAAGCGCUGACAAAAUCACUACAAGAGAGGAGUCGCGAUGUCGUUUUCCUUGUGUUACUCGGUAUGUUUUGGGCGGCAUUUUGGGCAUUGGUGCCGAGGGGGUGGCUAAAUUUACCGCAGGGAUGGUAGGAAAGUAGGGAGGUAUAUGGUGUAUUUAGUUCGUAGGGGGUGUAUUCAGAAUGGAACUGAGGUGUUGCGAUUCUUGCUAGUAUUCUUG